CUGACCCCGUUGUUCAAUGUCGUGGUCAGCAGUAUGCUUUUCAAGCUGCUGACCCUGUGAUGAGAUAUGAUCCAGCUGUUAACAGUUGGUCUACACUGGACCUUUUCGUAGACGAUGCUGACUAAGAGAUGGUUGUCGUUAGAGGAGAAAUUUAUGCUGCGGGGAUGCUUGAUGGUGCAGACAAAACCACGGUCAUAAGAUAUGAUGUUGAGCUGUGUGCAUGGGAAACAGUUCUCUUGUCUCACGAUGGCUACAGAACUGAUGCUUGUGUUGUUGCAGCUGGCAGACAUGUCUAUGUGAUUGGUGGGGCGCCUUGGGAAGGUCAAUUCGGUGCUAAAGCUGAAAGAUUUGACACUGUGGAAAACACAUGGGAGGAAAUUGCCGAUAUGAAGGAAGAAAGAGGUGGUACUUUUGGAGUGGCCAUGAAAGAAAAAAUCUUUGUCGCUGGUGGAAGGCACAGAGAGAGAAACCCAUUAUUGCAAACAUGUGAGAUGUACAAUAAAUCAACGAAUGAAUGGCAACUUGUUGGGAGCUUGAAUGCUCCUCGUGUAUAUGGCAACAUGAUUUGUCUCAACCAAAAAUUGUAUGUCCUUGGCGGAAAGAAUGAACAAAAUCAAGCUGAACUGAAUAUAGAAUGUUUUGAUCCAACAGAGGCAAAGUGGAUUCAGAGGACAAUCAUACCAGUGAUGAAGUUUAAGAAAGGAAAUAAGAACACGUUCUGUGUGUACUGAAGCUUUCCAAAGGAGUGCUGGAUAGACUCAGUGUUGUUGGGGAGAAGCCCCUUGGUUAAUUUUUCCUUUGGAGAUGACUCAUUACAAUUAGGUAGUUAACAUAUCAAAAUUGGUUUAGCGUGAUCUGUUCUCUUCAAGUCUG